AAGAAUACAUCCGGAAUUGAGUUUUUCUGUUCCGCUACUAAGCUACUCUUUCGGCGGUGUCUUCGUCCUAUCGGUUUGGGGUCUGAUCGCUGAGACUACGGCCCAAAUUCGUAUCCAGGCCCGAAUCCCCAUUUUCACUAGGGUCUCUGGAGAGAUGAGCAACACCGGGAACAAGAGAGCUCCAACCACAGCCACUCAGCGACUUAAGCAGGAUUACCUCAGGAUAAAGAAAGACCCUGUGCCUUACAUCUGUGCUGAGCCUCUGCCUUCUAACAUCUUAGAAUGGCACUAUGUGGUGAGAGGUCCUGAAAAAACUCCUUAUGAAGGAGGUUACUAUCACGGAAAACUCAUAUUUCCUCGGGAAUUCCCCUUUAAACCACCAAGUAUCUACAUGAUAACCCCCAACGGCAGAUUUAAAUGUAAUACAAGGCUAUGUCUGUCCAUCACGGACUUCCACCCGGACACUUGGAACCCGGCGUGGUCCGUCUCCACCAUCCUCACAGGACUGCUCAGCUUCAUGGUGGAGAAAGGACCCACCCUGGGCAGCAUUGAGACCUCAGACCACACGAAAAGACAACUCUCAGCCCAAAGCCUCGCCUUCAACCUGAAGGACAAAGUCUUUUGUGAAUUGUUCCCUGAGGUUGUGGAGGAGAUGAAGCAAAAACAGAAAUUGCAGGAAGAGCUAAACGCCCGCACUCAACCGCUCCCCCUACCCGACGUGGUGCCCGACGGCGACCCCCAGCAGGCUCAUUACGGCCUCCCCGCCCUCAACGGAGGUCCCAUCCCACUCGGCGGCGGCAACCCCGCCCAGGGCCUGCAGCAACCCAAUCGCAACCAUGGACUUCUGGGUGGAGCCCUCGCCAACCUGUUUGUGAUCGUCGGCUUCGCCGCCUUUGCCUACACGGUCAAGUACGUGCUGAGGAGCAUAGCGCAGGAUUGAGAGUUGGACUAACGUCAAGUGGAUGGCGACGUCGUGUCCCGGGACCAUCGGGGACUCUGGAGGACAGAAAGCAGCCCGGCUGUGACUGUGGAGGAGGGAAACCAACGUGGCUCAUGGGUUUUGGAGGAACAAAGUCUUUUACUCCUCUGCUCACAAGUUGCUUUUGUGACUUUUUUUCCUCCUCUAUUGGCAAACACAUUUCCUCCUGCUUUUAUUUGUUUUUGUCAGCAAAAUGUUUACACAGAGAGGGAACAGCAGACGCCAAGAUCACAGAUCACAGUGACCUACUGAGGCACAUCAGCAACUAGUUGGCAACCUUCAAUUACCUCAGUCAAGCAGAAUUGUUUUUUUGUUUCUCUUUUUUUUUUUUUUUUUUCUCUGACUUAUUACACACCUCUGGCUAAAGUUAGUAUUUUCUCAAGCACAAAAGGAAAGUCUUCAUAGGCAAAUGUAUGAACCAGGAAGGUAUGCCCCUCCCAAACACACACACACACACAAAUCAAACAAAGCGACCGGAGUGGACGAACCAGCUUCCUCCAGUCAACCCAUGAGCCAAAAUCCGUUGUGAAUUCGGGACCAGCGCAGUUUGGGUUUGGUUUAGCCAACCACUCUUGCAUCGCUCUGUACAUACGCGUCCAAUUUUGAGAACGCGUGAAGCGAAUCAAUAUUUGGUUCUGUAUAGUUUCUUUCUGAUCAGUUUUAAUUUAUAGACAAAGCCUUGGAGAGUGUAGUUGGACGACACAAAGUGUCCACAUGACCGCUGAUCAUUGUACUGUUGUGCAUUGCGUUUUAGUGAAGCUAGUGGACUUCUUUUUCUCACCAACCACACUUCCGAAAUAAAUGAAUUAUAAAUGA